CAGUCCGGAGUGGCUGUCCGACACGGUACGGUCAAAAUGGGUCUCUUUCCAUUCUCACCAUUGGUUGUAGCGAUUCUCCUUACGGCGAGUGUUCUGGGAGCCGUCCAAGUGUCCGUGCCGACACCGGAAAUCGAAUCAACGACUAACAUCUGGAGCACGGAGGAUGAAGAUUUGGCCGACCGGAAGGUGGCAGAGUGUGUUGUGGAGGGUCAGCAUCCGGCAAUCGACUCGGCCCUCCUCCGUGGACACUGCCCACUGGCGGUGGAACAACUUCGCGUACCCGUUGGAGCACUUGCGGUGCAAGAGCAGGCAUUCGCAUCGUACACCAAUCUAACCUCACUUCAUUUGGACAACAACUGGCUGGCCGACGUACCGAAGAAGGCUCUCGCGGGUCUGCCUGCCCUGAAGUCGCUGUCAAUUAGCGGCAAUCGGUUGCCGUCCGUACGGAGCGACGUGUUCCUGGAUGUGACACAGUUGGUGUGGCUGUCGUUGAGUGACAACGCCAUAACGUUCAUCCAGCCGGACUCACUGGAGGCACUGGAGAGCUUAACAUUUCUCAAUCUGAGCUGGAAUCGGAUCGCUACACUCGAAGGAAACUGGUUACAAGCGUUACAUCGAUUGCAGGUGCUCGAUCUUAGCUACAACAACGUCGCCCAGCUGAAGCCAACCACAUUCCAUACGCUCGAGGCGUUAACGGAGCUACGUUUGAAGGGGAAUCUUCUUCACACCUUGCACGGCAACACAUUUGCGCCCUUACGUGAGCUACGCUGUCUUGAUUUGGGUAGCAAUUUUUUGACCACCCUUCCGCGACGUUUGCUGACAUCGAACAGGAAACUGGAGGAGCUUCACCUACAACGGAACGGCCUAGAGAGCCUAUCGGAGGACGCGUUUGUUGGGCUAGCGUUACUGGAUCGUCUGGACUUGGAUGAAAAUCAACUAACGAACCUCGCCGGUGGUACGUUCCGCGAUCAGGCUCGCUUCGCGCGGCUCAACCUGGAGAUAAAUCAACUGCAACUUCUUGACCUGAGCAUGCUCAAAACUCCCGAAGUUUUGUUGCAAAAUAACCGGUUGAGGGUGCUUAAUGUAACGCGAACCGUAACCGAAUCGAUUGUGCAGAACUUGAUGCUGUACGGCAAUGAGAUCACUUCGAUCGAUCAAGAGGCAUUCCAAGGUCUGGCGUUACUGGAGGCUCUCUACCUGGACCACAAUCGCAUUACGGAACUGCCCGCUCUAUUGUUUCGUUUCAACGAGCAGCUGCACCAUGUAACGAUCUCCCACAACCGGUUGACGGUUCUGAAGACCAACACCUUUGCCGGCCUCGCACGGCUCCACUCGGUUGAUCUGUCACACAACGCACUGACCACGAUCGAGGUGGCCACCUUCCACGGUUCCCCGGUGCGGUACCUCAACCUCAACGGCAACCAUCUGAAGGCGCUCGACGAGAGGAUCCUUUCAGGAACGACGCUCCACUAUCUGCACGUCGAUUCGAACGGUAUCGAUUCGUUGGCAAGCCUUCCCACAGCAUUGCUGAACGAGUUGGUGGAGCUAUCGAUGAGGGACAAUCGUAUCGACACACUGCACGAACUUUGCGAGACCCGUAGCCUGCCUAAGCUGUCAACACUGGACUUGUCGAACAACUCGCUGCCUUCCGUUGGCGAGCGAUGUCUGCGAAACAUUGGAACACGAGCGGAUCCAAUUAGUGUAGCCCUCGCGGACAACAAGUUGGAAACAGUUCCAGGUUUUGUGGGGCGCAUUCUGUCACUCGAUCUAAGCCGCAACAACGUAACGCUCCACGAUGGCUAUCAGUUCCGUUGGUAUCAGGGCACGGAAAAGUUGCUGCUUCGUGGAGCCGCCAUCGGAAAGGUUCGAGCGGUUCAGUUCACAUUUCUUGUUCACCUCAAGCACCUCGAGAUUGGCUCGGAGAGGUUGGAAGAAAUCGAAGGUGAUGCAUUUCACGGGCGGUUACUGGAGCAUCUGACGAUUUCGGGAACACCAUUAAAAACGAUGCCCAAAGCGUUGCUCGAAGGUCAACAGCGACUUCAAACGGUUUCGUUUGCCCACAACAGGCUCAACCGACUUGCUUCGGAUACUUUCCUCGAUUGUCAGCAGCUAACGAAUAUGGAUCUGUCGUUCAACGAGCUCGAAGCUAUCGAUCCGUUGUGGUUCGUAGGAUUGCUUCAGCUGAAAGUGGUUAACUUGGAACGCAACCGGCUCACGGUGGUACCGGCGCUCCCUGCAGAACUGUCGCUCGAUUCACUCUCCUUGGCGAACAAUAGAGUCUCCUCAAUCUCCCCGCUGCGGGAAGCAUCAAUUCGAGCGUUAAACAUAUCGCAUAACAAUCUCACCCAUCUUCCGGAGCUUUCCGAACGUACGACCCAGCUGGACGUAUCGGGCAAUGGUCUGAAACAGUUGACGAUAGGGCCACACUGCCAGGUGUUGAUUGCCAACUCCAAUCAAAUUCAAUCGCUCCACUGGUUACCAAUUGAGAGGAAAUUUGAGCUACAACACUUGGAGGUUAGCGAUAAUUUGCUGACCGAAGUCGACGAGCGGCUGUUCGAUUUGCGGCACCUCAGCACUGUCGAUCUGGCCGAGAACCGAUUAAGCAGCUUCCCAUUCGCGGCGCUCCACAAGGCGAAGCACCUUCGGCUGGUGGAUGUUUCGAGAAACAAUAUUCGCCGUUUGCCCGACAGUGGCGUGCCCCGCUUCAGGCUGGAUGCGCUCGAUUUAUCCGAAAAUCCGUUGGAGGCUCUGUCGGACUAUUUCCUUAACGUUACGUCCAUCCACGAGCUUAGGGUGAACUUGGUUAAAUGAGCUUGAAUUAAUACUGAGCACCACGUGUCGUCAUAAUAUAGUGUUAGUUGUUCGAAAAAUAGAAUAAAUAAA